AUGGUCAGCUACAUCCCACCUCACCUACGGGGAAAACAGCACCCUGGAAAUCAACAGUACAACCAGCCGAGAUAUCAGCAAGAACAUUACGGGCAAUCUGACUACCCGCAGGCCAACUAUAGUGGGGGACCACCGAAUCAAAGAUACAACCGACACCCCAACGAUGGCCACGGAGAUAUGUUGGUACCGCACCAUCCACAUGAUGCGAUGCGGGAAAUCCAGGAGGCUCAGAAGGAGCAGCGGGCGACGUUGGAGAUGCUGACAAAACAACUCUCCCAAGUUGCAGUGUCGGUGGGCGAGUUGAAGGGAAAUGAAACCACUACGCAACCACCUGGUCGUGUGAAUAUUAGUGAAGUAUCCCUGAGGUCGGGGAAAGUCUACCAAGGCCACAUCCAUCCUGCGAUAUCUCCAGCAACUGGUUCUGGACCAAGCCGUGAGGAAGAGGAAGAAUCCAGUAGAGUGGAUCAAGUGAGAGAAAAGGGCAAGGAGAAGGUGGGAGGUGAAGCCUCGGAAGAAAGUCAGAAAGCGGAAACUGAAAGGGUUAAGCCUUAUCCGUACCGUGGAAUGGUGACAAGGAAGAGGGAUGCCACAAUCGAUGUGGCAAGUAUGUUCAAGGGCGUGGAGAUGAAGGUACCGCUCUUGACGGCGUUAAAAAUGCCCCCGAUCAGCAAGUUCAUUAAGGACUACCUGGCAGGGAAGGUCAAUGAGGAAGGGAGACUAAUUACAGAUGAGAACGUCUCUGCCGUGAUCCAGAGAAGCGACCUUCCCUCCAAGAAGACUGAUCCUGGAAUGUUCACACUCCCUAUUUCUAUCAGAGAUAUCCAGGUGGAGCACGCUAUGUGCGACUUAGGGGCAUCAAUCAACGUUCUACCAUACUCCAUCUAUCAGAAGUUGGAAGCGACCAAGCUCAUCGAUACAGACAUAAUGAUACAGUUGGCCGACAGAUCGUGUAUUCACCCAGAGGGAAUCCUAGAAGACGUGAUUGUUAAGGUGAAUAACUUUCUAUACCCAGCUGAUUUUUUUGUAAUCAAGAUGACGGAACCCGCAGCAAAGGAGUCGAGUGGAGUCCUAUUAGGACGACCGUUCCUGUCCACAACCAACACUAUUAUAGACGUCCGAAAUGGGAUGAUAAGCCUGGAUUUCAAAGGAGAGCAGUACACGUUCAAUAUUGAUGAAGCCAUGAAGAAGCCAGCUGACGGCGAGAACGUAUACUCCAUAGAUGUCACUGAGCCCUUGGUACAGGAGUAUUUGGAAGAAGAAUUCUUAAAGAGACAGUUCACUGACUCCGCUGCAGAUAAGGAGGUCGAAAAAGAAGUAGAAGAGUGGUAUGAUACCAUGAAAGUUGGAGAGAUGGACGACCAGGCCAUCGUAAAAGUGAUAACGGAUUUUUGCGAGCGCCCGAGGCCAGCUGGGUCAAGUGGGACAACCAAGUGUCUAGCUUAG